UUCCCCCCAGCGCCCGUAGCAUACGCACAGACGAAAAUAACAGAUAAACGGAAGAUGCUCUGCUGUCUCUCCGUUGUCGGGGCCCUUUACGGAGCGAUGUACCUACUGCUGCGCGAGCGCAAGCUCCCCACCGUGGUGAUGCGGGUCUGGUUCACCGUCCACCUCUUUGUGUCGCUCAUCGUUGUGAACGUCGGGUGCCAUGUCUUCUCCUUCCUCACCUCCCCCCUCCACGUGAUGCCCAUCGGCACGGCCCAGGCGCUCUCUCGCUCCCUAAAGCACGUCGUGUUUAAGUACUUCUUCGCCCCUGCUAUCCCGCACGUGCACCGCGUGGAGAUGCCCGGCUCGUUGCCGUUCAGUGUGCUGAAGAGCGGGGCGGUCUGCGCCUGCCACUGCAGCUUCUUUGAUCCGCUCCUCUUCUUGUUUACCGCACCGCUUUCUUUCCUCUGGCGCGGCGCCACCUUCUUUAAGAGCUCCUUGCUGAACCUGCCGCUAUUCGGCUACGUGCUGAAGUGCACCGGGUACUUCCCGGUGUACUUCGCAAACGAGAACAGCCCCUCCUUCCACGUGAACAAGGAGAAGCAGGCGGCGGUGGUGGCCGAUGUGGAGGCGUGGCUUGGUAAGGGAAACAACAUGUGCUUCUUUCCGGAAGGGGUGAUGAACCGCGACCCCGCGGUGCUGACCGACUUUCGGCUGGGCAGCUUCAACAUGAUUCUCGCGCACAAGACGCCGCUCUACUACUUUGUCUUUUACGGCGAUCACGAGGUGUGGUCGCCCUCGUGGAAAGGACUUCCCGGCUUUCCGGCGGACAUCUACACCUACGUUGGCAAGUACGAGUACGACCCGGCGAAGGAGGACGCACACUCGUUGUCCGUCGGCCUGCGUGCGGAGAUGCAAAGUCGCCUCGACGACAUGCUGGCGAAGCGGAAAGAGCGCGAAUACAAGCCGUGGUACGUUGCCCCGCAGAAAAAGGAGUUGUAG